AUGGGAGUGAGCGAGCCUUGUCUUGGUGUUUGUAUUUGUGUUUAAAAUCAGAGGUGGUGCAUGGAUGAAGUUACAGCUGUAGAGCUCUUUUGAAUUUCCUGGCUUUUUUGUUAACCAGCCAUUAUCACUCUCUCUCUCUCUCGCGCCUCUCUCUCUCUUUCUCUCUUUCUCUCUUUCUCUCUCUCUGUCUCUCUUACACACUCACUCACUCACCCACACACGCCGUCUCUGUCUCACCCACACUCUCGCUCUCUCUCUCUCUCUCUCGCUCUAUCUCUCCCUCUCCCCCCGUCAGGUGUGAGUUCGCCAGGGAGGGGGGGCACCCUGUCGGAGGAGUCGUUCCAGUGUUCUAUCUGCCUGGAGGUAUUCGUGGAGCCCGUCUCUACCCCCUGCGGACACAGCUUCUGCAAGGCCUGUCUGCAGGUAUCACAUUUACUUUAUAAAGCCCAUUUUACAUCAGCAAUUGUCACAAAGUACUUUGCAGUUACCUGGUCUAGACCCCAAAGAGCAGGAAAAGCAGAAGCAAAAGUUGAGUGGCUAGGAAAAACUAGAGCUCUAGAGAGGAACCCGGCUCUGAGGGAUGGCUAAAACUGAUGCUGUGAUUCCAACCCCUCGUGGGUGGAUGUGUUUGUUUCAUGGACUGUAAGGAAAAUAGAUCAAUAACCUUCUUCUUCUGCUGCUCUUUCUCCUCAGGGCUACUGGGACCACAGCAAGAAGUUCCUGUGCCCCAUGUGUAAGAAGAGCUAUAGCCGGAGGCCGGAACUUAGCAUCAACCGGGUACUAGCCGAAAUCGCUGCCCACUUCCAGGGCCUCGAAAUAGGUGUGGUUUCACCGAACACAAAGGGGGGUGCGGUGGCUGGGAGUCCGGUGGCGGGUCACAGGGUUCACGGAGAGUCACCAGCAGCUGCGGCGGAGGGUGGAGAGUUUGCCCGGGCAGGCGAGGUGCCGUGCGAUGCGUGCAUCGGGAGGAAGAUGAGGGCCCUGAAGUCGUGUCUCAACUGUCCUGGGUCAUUCUGUGAGGCGCAUCUCCGACAUCAUAAGUGAGAAAUUACACAAAUCUUUUACUUCUUCUCUUUCCUUUCACGUUUUAUGUAAAUCUAACUGUGAGGUUUAGAUAAACAUCCCGUGUUGUGUUUCUUACCUCUGGAGUCCUUGGAAUUCCAAAAAAGGAAAGGUGAUAAAAAAACCUUGCAGCAGUAAUUUAUGGGAGUCACCUUUCUUUGUUUGGAAUACCAAGGACUACAUGACUAUGCCCAGAAAAGCACAUGAUUCCUUUGGUACCGCCAGCACACCUAACCUAAACUUAACCUAAACACAGGAAGGUGAAGUCUCUGAUGUCUCACCGCCUCGUGGAGCCUGUGCAUCACCUGGAGGAGAAGAUCUGUAAGAAGCAUGAGCGCCUGCUGGAGGUCUACUGCCGCAACGACCACGGCUGUGUCUGUAUCACCUGUGCCGAGGCCACCCACAAGACUCACGAGAUCGUCUCUGUCGACCGCGAGUGGAAGAAAAAGAUGGUGAGUCCAGGGGAGAACAGGGUGGUAGGGCGGAUGGGGACAGUAGGCAGAUAGAAAGGCAGGCUUUAGCUCAGCGGGCUUACAUUUUAGCUGAUGAGAUUGUUUCUCUCGCAGUCUUAUGGUGCUCUGGAGACCAUCGUGGGUCAAAAUUGCAUUGAUAGAGUAAUGCCCAAAGUAAAAGUUAUAUUAUAAACUGGGACGUUCAAGCCCUGAAUGCUGAUUGGCUGACAGCCGUGGUAUAUCAGACCGUAUACCAUGGGUAUGACAAAACAUUUAUUUUUACUGCUCUAAUUACAUUGGUAACCAGUUUAUAAUAGCAAUAAGGCACCUCGGGAUUUGUGGUAUAUGGCCAAUAUACCACUGCUAAGAGCUGUAUCCAGGCACUCUGCGUUGCGUCGUGCUUAAGAACAGCCCUUAGCCAUGGUAUAUUGGCCAUAUACCAACCCCCCUCGUGCCUUAUUGCUUAAUUAUACAACUGUUUAUAGCCCAUAGACUACUCCAUACCAGCUUACAUCUUUACAUGUGAAUCUUUUUUUGGUAAAAAUUGGGAAAUUAAGUCCAGUAAACCUGCCUUAUGUGUAUAAUGUAGAGUAUUAAACAGUAUCUCUUGGAUCUGGGUGCUGAUCUAGGGUCGAUGCAAUCUUAUGAUUUAAUAGACAAAACUGACCCCAGAUUAGCUACCAUGAGAUGCUUUAUGAAUAUGAACCCUGCCCUCACACAGAAUUAUUUGGGCAAGAGGAGGUCGGAGCUGAAACACCUGAUCAAGGAGCGGGCCAAGAAGCUGGAGGAGAUCAAACAGUCCAUACGGGUCAUCAAAGUGAGUCCCUUGUAUAAAUGGUGUUGUCAUCAAAAUGCGUCAACUUUGUAUUUUGUGUUGUUUGGUUAAGUGAGUGUGAGCUGGGUUGUGUUCAUUAGGGCAAAGCAUAGCAAAACAACAAUAGUACAUUGUACAGCAGGGGCAGGCCUCUAGAUUCAGCCGCAGGCCGAUUUUUGUCAGAGCGAAUGGUCGGUGGCCAAAACAUAAUUAUAAUAAUUUGUACACUGCAAAUUUACCACAACUAAGCCCAAAAAGAGAUUGAAUUUGAAAAUAACAAUAAUUGCAUACCUUGAUUACAGUGGGGAGAACAAGUAUUUGAUACAGUGCCGAUUUUGCAGGUUUUCCUACUUACAAAGCAUGUAGAGGUCUGUAAUUUAUCAUAGGUACACUUCAACUGUGAGAGACGGAAUCUAAAACAAAAAUCCAGAAAAUCACAUUGUAUGAUUUUUAAGUAAUUAAUUUGCAUUUUAUUGCAUGACAUAAGUAUUUGAUCACCUACCAACCAGUAAGAAUUCCGGCUCUCACAGACCUGUUAGUUUUUCUUUAAGAAGCCCUCCUGUUCUCCACUCAUUACCUGUAUUAACUGCACCUGUUUGAACUUGUUACCUGUAUAAAAGACACCUGUCCACACACUCAAUCAAAACAGACUCCAACCUCUCCACAAUGGCCAAGACCAGAGAGCUGUGUAACGACAUCAGGGAUAAAAUUGUAGACCUGCACAAGGCUGGGAUGGGCUACAGGACAAUAGGCAAGCAGUUUGGUGAGAAGGCAACAACUGUUGGCGCAAUUAUUUGAAAAUGGAAGAAGUUCAAGAUGACGGUCAAUCAACCUCGGUCUGGGGUCUCCAUGCAAGAUCUCACCUCGUGGGGCAUCAAUGAUCAUGAGGAAGGUGAGGGAUCGGCCCAUAACUACACGGCAGGACCUGGUCAAUGACCUGAAGAGAGCUGGGACCACAGUCUCAAUGAAAACCAUUAGUAACACACUAUGCCGUCAUGGAUUAAACUCCUGCAGCGCACGCAAGGUCCCCCUGCUCAAGCCAGCGCAUGUCCAGGCCCGUCUGAAGUUUGCCAAUGACCAUCUGGAUGAUCCAGAGGAGGAAUGGGAGAAGGUCAUGUGGUCUGAUGAGACAAAAAUAGAGCUUUUUGGUCUAAACUCCACUCGCCGUGUUUGGAGGAAGAAGAAGGAUGAGUACAACCCCAAGAACACCAUCCCAACCGUGAAGCAUGGAGGUGGAAAAUUCAUUCUUUGGGGAUGCUUUUCUGCAAAGGGGACAGGACGACUGCACCGUAUUGAGGGGAGGAUGGAUGGGGCCAUGUAUCGCGAGAUCUUGGCCAACAACCUCCUUCCCUCAGUAAGAGCAUUGAAGAUGGGUCGUGGCUGGGUCUUCCAGCAUAACAACCCGAAACACACAGCCAGGGCAACUAAGGAGUGGCUCCGUAAGAAGCAUCUCAAGGUCCUGGAGUGGCCUAGCCAGUCUCCAGACCUGAACCCAAUAGAAAAUCUUUGGAGGGAGCUGAAAGUCCGUGUUGCCCAGCGACAGCCCUGAAACCUGAAGGAUCUGGAGAAGGUUUGUAUGGAGGAGUGGGCCAAAAUCCCUGCUGCAGUGUGUGCAAACCUGGUCAAGACUUACAGGAAACGUAUGAUCUCUGUAAUUGCAAACAAAGGUUUCUGUACCAAAUAUUAAGUUCUGCUUUUCUGAUGUAUCAAAUACUUAUGUCAUGCAAUAAAAUGCAAAUUAAUUACUUAAAAAUCAUACAAUGUGAUUUUCUGGAUUUUUGUUUUAGAUUCCGUCUCUCACAGUUGAAGUGUACCUAUGAUAAAAAUUACAGACCUCUACAUGCUUUGUAAGUAGGAAAACCUGCAAAAUCGGCACUGUAUCAAAUACUUGUUCUCCCCACUGUAUAUUAUCACGUCUUUCUUUUUUUUAUCAGUGGGAAUACUUGGGAACAGAUUUCCCAAAAAAAUAAAUGAAAAAUGCGGAUUUCCUGCAGAUUUUUUGUCGUUUUUUCACCUAAAACUAAAAACAUUAAAAUAAAACAUGUAUCACACUGUUGCUGACCUCUGUUUUACAGUAGGCUAUGGUUGAUUGUCAUACUGCCUCUUGACCCUGGCUUUUUGUUUUUUACUUCUGUAAAAUAAAUAUUGAUGUUGAUCGAACAUAUGGAUGAAUAAGUUACAUAGUCCCAUCACUCCAUAGUGUCCCAUACAAUACAGUGUCCCCAUAUAACACAGUGUCCCUACAGUAGUUUGCCAUAGAAAUCAUUCUUUGGUUGUUUUUCUCCCAUAUUUGUAAUGGCUCUAGUCCACCCCCUAGGCCUAGGCAGACUAACCGGUGUGGCCAGUGCAAACAUUUACCUGUGUUCCCACACCCUGUUUUUACCCUUUUAUCCUUACCUACAACCUCCUGGAAACUCCCUUUGCAGAUUAAAGAUGUUAGUAUGAUAGAAUUACUGUGUGAGACAAUCCGGGAUAUAAACAAAACAAAAUGGCCACCCCACCACUUGUUUAGGUAAACAGCUGAGAGAUAGGGCUGUAGGAAUGUAACCACUUUGAAAUUCAUAAGCAGUCCUGGUUAUUUACCAAGUCAGCCUAGGUUCACAGCUACACUGGUCAACAAGUUCCCUGGUCAGAUAUUGACUGUAAAUAGAGCGCAGUGCGACUGUGGUCCGCUUGAGCCGUGUUUAAAAAUACAAUGAGGAUGAGGUUACAGAGGGAGUGGAUAUCUUGGUGGGUGACUUUCUGACUUAGAGAAAGGGAGAGAGAGAGAGGGAGAGAGGGAGACAGAAAGGGAGAGAGUUUUUUUCAUAGGUUUUGAUUUCCAAUGCUCUCAUAAUCUUUCAAUAUCCUCAUGUCCUCAAAUGUCUACAACUAGGCAAUAUUAUACUCUUUUCAUAUUUUAUCACAUGAACAUGUGACGUGUGAGAUAGAAAGGAAACAUAACAAAACAUGUACUGUUUCCUUCAACUCAAGCAGGUAGAUAUUUGCCUGUGGGACUGUGGUCCGCUUGAGCCGUGUUUAAAAAUACAAUGAGGAUGAGGUUACAGAGGGAGUGGAUAUCUUGGUGGGUGACUUUCUGACUUAGAGAAAGGGAGAGAGAGAGAGGGAGAGAGGGAGACAGAGAGGGAGAGAGUUUUUUCAUAGGUUUUGAUUUCCAAUGCUCUCAUAAUCUUUCAAUAUCCUCAUGUCCUCAAAUGUCUACAACUAGGCAAUAUUAUACUCUUUUCAUAUUUUAUCACAUGAACAUGUGACGUGUGAGAUAGAAAGGAAACAUAACAAAACACGUACUGUUUCCUUCAACUCAAGCAGGUAGAUAUUUGCCUGUGGGACUGUGGUCCGCUUGAGCCGUGUUUAAAAAUACAAUGAGGAUGAGGUUACAGAGGGAGUGGAUAUCUUGGUGGGUGACUUUCUGACUUAGAGAAAGGGAGAGAGAGAGAGGGAGAGAGGGAGACAGAGAGGGAGAGAGUUUUUUCAUAGGUUUUGAUUUCCAAUGCUCUCAUAAUCUUUCAAUAUCCUCAUGUCCUCAAAUGUCUACAACUAGGCAAUAUUAUACUCUUUUCAUAUUUUAUCACAUGAACUUGUGACGUGUGAGAUGGAAAGGAAACAUAACAAAACACGUACUGUUUCCUUCAACUCAAGCAGGUAGAUAUUUGCCUGUGGGACUGUGGUCCGCUUGAGCCGUGUUUAAAAAUACAAUGAGGAUGAGGUUACAGAGGGAGUGGAUAUCUUGGUGGGUGACUUUCUGACUUAGAGAAAGGGAGAGAGGGAGACAGAGAGGGAGAGAGUUUUUUCAUAGGUUUUGAUUUCCAAUGCUAUCAUAAUCUUUCAAUAUCCUCAUGUCCUCAAAUGUCUACAACUAGGCAAUAUUAUACUCUUUUCAUAUUUUAUCACAUGAACUUGUGACGUGUGAGAUGGAAAGGAAACAUAACAAAACACGUACUGUUUCCUUCAACUCAAGCAGGUAGAUAUUUGCCUGUGGGACUGUGGUCCGCUUGAGCCGUGUUUAAAAAUACAAUGAGGAUGAGGUUACAGAGGGAGUGGAUAUCUUGGUGGGUGACUUUCUGACUUAGAGAAAGGGAGAGAGAGAGAGGGAGAGAGGGAGACAGAGAGGGAGAGAGUUUUUUCAUAGGUUUUGAUUUCCAAUGCUCUCAUAAUCUUUCAAUAUCCUCAUGUCCUCAAAUGUCUACAACUAGGCAAUAUUAUACUCUUUUCAUAUUUUAUCACAUGAACUUGUGACGUGUGAGAUGGAAAGGAAACAUAACAAAACACGUACUGUUUCCUUCAACUCAAGCAGGUAGAUAUUUGCCUGUGGGCUGAACGAUAGGACAGUCGGACCGGUUAGGCCAGUUGUGCUGCAUGCACUUUACAUCACUCAAACACAUACCUCAAGCUGGUGUGUGUUUUAACUCCACAACCUCUCUCCCAUAUCUCCCCAUUUUAAGAGCAGGGCCCAGAGGGAGUUGGGGGAGAGCUGCCAGCUGUAGCUGUACAUAGAUAUUGACGCUGCAGUAUGCUACUUUAUGUGCAGUAUGUCUCUAUAACCUAUUCCAUCUCUGACUGUUAAGCAGUGCUCAGAAGGAACUGGAGGAGAGCUGGCAGGUGUAGCUGUGUGUCUCUGCAGUAUGUCUCUGUGUCCCUAUAACCUCUUCUGCCAUCUCUAUGUGUCUUUAGAGCAGUUCUCAGAAGGAGCUAGAGGAGUGCUGGCAGGUGUAGCUGUGUGUCUCUGUACGCCACUUCAUCUCGGUUAACCCAGAACUAAAGUCUUGCGUAAUUGGUCAGAUGCUCGAUUAAGAAGACAUAGAGCGAGGAUCGGAACCAGAAUGAAGAGCUCUUCCCUCUCUCUUUGCAAGAAUGUCCCAUCCCCUUCCGAAAUUCGAAAGAUGCUAACAUCUGCGGAAUCUUGAUUUGUCCAAUGCACCGGAACUAAUGCGGCUCAUUAUCUCACGCAUCCCGUUGUAUCAUGACAAAUCAAUGGUACCAUUUAUGUUGACGUGAUCUGUCUACGAGAGAUUAUAUGCCACUAUAACCUCUCAGUAUGUCUAGCUAUAACCUCUACUAUGUCCACGUCUUUAGAGCAGUGCUCAGAAGGAGUUGGAGGAGAGCUGGCAGGUGUACGCGGAACUUCAGUGUCUAGUGGAGCAGAGCCAGGCUGAGCUGGUGGAGCUGAUCGCUACGAGGCAGCGCGAGGCUGAGAGGCAUGCCCAGGAGCUGGCCCGAGGUCUGGAGAGUGACCUGAGCCAUCUCAGGAAGAGGAGCGAAGAGUUGGAAGCCCUGGCACAGAACCAGGACAAAGUCAUCUUCCUCCAGGUAGGCUACCACACAACGAGGGGAUACACACACACACACACACACACACACACAUAAACACACAGAGAGAGAGAGACACACACUCUCUUAAACCCCUCCUCGUCCUCCCCUGCAGAGCCUGCCCGCCCUGGCACCCCUCCCGGAGCCCAUUGAUUGGUCAGGAGUGAGUGUGAACACUGACCUGUACCUGGGUACCAUCCAAUCAUCCGUCAGCACCCUCGUCGACAAGUUCCAGGAAGAACUCAAGAGGCUGUAUGGAAAAGGUGGGCAAAAUCUGGGGCAAAAUCUGCCAUUAUUACAUAGAGAAAAUCUUACCUUGUUUGCCAUGUACAGCAGUGCACUAUCUACAGCAUAAGGCGCUAUUAAAAAGUGGAGCAAUAUGCAGUACAAAGGUGUAAUUCCAAAGACAAACAUAGUCACUUGCUUCCUGUUGUGUGACCUCACUUCCUGUGUCCAAAUCCCAUCUCUCCAGGUACAAGUUACCCGUAGCCAUAAGCACUGAUCUAGGAUCAGCUUCCUUUCUCCAAAUCCUUACCUCAACUAUAGAGCAAAAAAAACACAAAACUGACUUUAGAUCAAUGUCUAGGUGCGACUCAAGCAGAGGUAUCUAGGUCAUUGGACUGGCACCUCUAUAUAGAGAGUGAGUCAUCAGAUGGGAUACAUAGUGAAGUACAGAAGAGGCCAAAGUUCAGCCAUCUGUCAGUAAUGAGAUGGCAACAACAGGCUGUCAGACUGAUACCCCCAGAGGCGGUGGGAUUAGCACUGUCUGUUUGCCUCCAAUCCCAACACGUGUCUGCUGUCUUUGACUCUCUGACUCCCUCUCUGACUAACUGUCUCUCUCUCUCUCUCUCUCUCUCUGUCUUUGACUGACUUUGACUCCCUCUCUCUGUCUCUGACUGUGUGUCUCUCUCUCCUCUACAGAGCUAAGGAAGCUGCAGAACUAUGCAAGUGAGUACAGUUAGAGUUCCCUUUUUCUCUUUUUAAAGAGUGGUGGGAAUUUGACUUGCAAGUUUGAUGAUUGGGAUAUAAAUACUCCUCUUGGAAACAACUUUGUGUUUUAGUCAACCUUAGAGGACAAUAACAAAGCAGAGGCUUUGUUGAUCCUCAGUUUUUCUGCUCUGUCUACUCUGCACCACAUGGUGGCAGCACUGGGUCAUCAUCACAGUUAGGAAGGAUACAAAACCAUAUAGUAUUAGUUGAAAGAAAGUGAUAUGUUGUUUACUCUAGGGUGAUUUACAUAGCUUUAAAAUGAACUCAGACUGGUUACAAUAGAACCGACACUCUUCUAAAUAAGACGUAUCCUGUUCUCAUUAGAAUCAAUGCUGUUCUCAAUGGAACCAGCACUGUUCUGAACACUCUUCUCUCUCUCUCUGCUCCUCCCCUCCAGGUGAGGUGUUCCUGGAUCCGGGAACGGCCCAGAGGAACCUGGUCCUGUCCGAGGACGGUCGCCAGGUGAUGUACGAGGAACGAAAGCACAACCAGUCAGAAGACACUCGCCGCUUCAACCCCGCCCUCUUCGUGCUCGCCUGCGAGUGCCUCUCCUCGGGACGCCAUUACUGGGAGGUCGAGGUGGGCCGCAAGACCGCCUGGACUGUGGGCGUGGUGCGAGCAUCGGCCCGCCGGAAGGGAGAGAUCAAGCUGAGCCCCGAUGGAGGGUACUGGUGCCUUUUUAUUAUGUUUUUUUUUUAUUAA